AUGGCGACGAAUACUUACUUGCCCUACGCCGCCACCAUCGAGCCUUUCGACGGGGGUGAUUUCAAAGACUAUCGCGAACGCGUUGAAUUUUUCUUCUGUGCCAAUAGUAUUGGUGUCGUGGCGUCCAAUGCCUCUUCUGGUGAAAAGAGAGCAGCGGAGAAGAAAAUGACAGCGCAUCUAAUUUCCCUGCUCUCUAAGACGGUCUACUCAACCUUGAAAUCCCUGAUCCUACCUGACGAGAUCGCGUCAAAGAAGUAUGACGAGCUUUGUGCUGUACUGGAGAAAUACUACAAAAAGAACACUACCCCAACCACCGCCGCUUUUCAGUUUCGCCAAGUCUCCCAAGCUCCGGGUGAAACUACAGUCGAUUUUGCUAAUAAACUCAAGCGUGCUGCUGUCGAUUGUCAAUUUGGCUCCCAUCGUGACCGAGCCCUCACGGACCAGUUUAUUUCGGGCAUGGCAAGCUCGACGAUACGACGGAAAUUGUUACUCUCCAAGGAGUCCGAUAUUGACACGUUUGAGAAAGUCAUCGACCUGGCUAGCAAGGAGGAACUGGCCAUUUCCUACUCAAAACAAUUCACUGCACCCUCUGCUGCUUCUGCGUCGAUCGGGUCUCCCACGGACAUUCCCGUACACAUGACGAAGGAACGUCGAUCCACCAAGCAGCCGAUGGCGUCCGGAAAGCGUUGUUUUCGCUGCGGGUCGGAUAUGCACCUGGCAAACAAGUGUCGACAUAAGGACGCCGAGUGCCGGUACUGCCACAAACGGGGGCAUCUGGAGAAGGUUUGUCGUACUAAACUGCAGAGAGACAAGCGUGACUGUCACCAUGUCAUGGGUGAGGAUCUUUCUACCUCCGACUCUGACUGUGAAGACGCAGGUGAGAGCGUUCCAAUGUAUACUGUACGUGAUACUACAGGCAGCGUACCCCCGUUUGCUGUGGAUGUUGUAAUCAAUGCGGUACCCAUCCCUAUUCGCAUGGAAGUUGAUACUGGCAGUGGUGUGUCCAUACUAAAUAAACGGGAUUUCGAGAAGCUGGGUGGGGUUCUGUCUACCUUACCUAAAUCCACCGUACUGUUGAGGGGUUUCUCUGAUAAGCCUAUUACCUGCCUGGGCGAGCUUGAAAUGAAUGUCACCUUGAAUGGUACGACAGCGCCCGUUAAGCUCAGAGUUGUAGAUGUCUCGGGACCAUCCCUUUUGGGAAGGGACAUGCUACAACUGUUUCAAUUACCAUGGAAUGAAAUCUUCUCUGUCAAAACUAGAAUUGAUGAAACCGUGGCACAAAUUCAACUGCGUGAGGAAAUUAUGGCCCAAUUUCCAGAUCUGUUUGAUUCUACCUCAAUGGGCAAACUAAACACAAUGAAGGUCAACCUGCGUGUUGACGACGCACACCCGGUUUUCCUCAAGCCUCGCAAAGUCCCAUUUGCAAUUACUGAGAAAUACGAUGAGGCUCUUGAUCAACUCGAGCGCGAUGGCAUUCUCGAGAAAGUUGAAUAUUCACAAUGGGCAACGCCAACUGUUCCGGUCAAAAAGCCGGAUGGCUCGAUUCGCAUUUGUGCGGAUUACUCGCGCACUCUAAAUGCACAUUCACCGCUGGAAAGCUAUCCGCUACCUACAAUCGCUGAGAUCCGCGCUAAAUUGUCAGGCGGUACGAAAUUCACCAAAAUCGAUCUCAAGCAGGCGUAUCACCAGCUCGAGCUCGAUGAAUCAUGCCGAAAGUACACCACUAUCAAUACUCACCGUGGUUUGUUUGAAUAUGUGCGCUUACCGUUCGGUGUACACUCGGCUGUUGCCAUUUUUCAGCGCACCAUGGAGACUGUGCUGGCUGGCAUCGAUGGAUGCAUUGUAUACAUCGAUGACAUUGUGGUUACGGGCAAAACACCUGACGAGCAUCGAGCGACCCUUGUGAAAGUUCUCCAGCGCCUGCAAGAAGUCGGCAUGAAACUAAAACUCGAGAAGUUUGAAGUCAUGCUUGACAGCAUCUCCUACUUGGGGCACACAUUCUCAGCGGAGGGUGUAUCGCCAUCAGCCGAGCGCACUACAGCCAUGAAAGACGCAAAACCUCCUACUACUGUGAGUGAACUGCAAUCGUUCAUCGGUUCUGCGAACUACGUCAGAGCAUUCAUUCCGAAUUUUGCCACCAUCAUGGCACCGUUGUACGCCUUACUCAAAAAAGAUGCUGUGUGGAAGUGGGAGUCUAGUGAGAGCAACGCGUUUGACGCAAUCAGAUGUGCACUCUGCGCCACUGAAACGUUGGCUUUCUACUCCACUACGAAGGACAUCAAGGUCCAAGUUGACGCCUCAUGCGUAGGUCUAGGAGCGGUGCUAUUGCAAGAAGAGCGACCUGGUCCUUUCCGUCCCAUUGCAUAUGCCUCGCGUGUUUUGACCAAGGCGGAAAAGAACUACUCUAACAUCGAGCGAGAGGCGCUUGCCGUGGUGUUCGGAGCUACUACUUUCCGCCAGUACCUUCUCGGUCGCAAGUUCAUUUUCGAAACAGACCACCAGCCGCUUGUUAAACUGCUUGGGUGUACAGACGGCGUUCCGUACUUGGUGUCACCGAGACUCAAGAAAUGGAAGUUGGCCCUAGCGGCAUACGACUACUCUAUCAAGCACAUCCCAGGGCGCCAAAACCCAUUCGCUGACUUCAUGUCGCGCCAACCUGGUCCUGGCGCUCCCUGCUCCGACGAGGUAGCUGAUGAACAGGUACUAUUCAUUGAAAGCGAAGUCAUUAAUGCGGACACAGUUGCUACCGAAACGCAACGGGAUCCUAUACUGAAGACAGUUUGGCACCAUGUACUGAAUGGGUGGCCGGAAACCAUUGAUCAAACUCUACAGCCGUACUUUGCGAAGCGCUGGGAGUUGUCUGUGUCUGACAAUAUCCUUCUUUGGAACGAUCGUGUCAUUGUUCCAGAAUCAUUACGUGAGUUCUUGCUGAACGAUCUUCACUAUGAACACACAGGUGUAGUUCGUAUGAAACGCUUGGCACGUCGCUACAUGUGGUGGCCUCGUAUCGACAGAGAUUUGGAGCAGGUUUGCGCCCAGUGUCCGGAAUGCCAAGCUGAAGCACGCCUGCCAGCGAAGGAGUUUGGUAGCUGGUCAUGGCCGACGGGACCGUGGCAACGCUUACAUAUUGAUUACGCCGGUCCUUUCAUGGGCAAGAUGUUUCUUGUCAUUGUUGAUUCAUAUUCUCGAUUUCUGGAUAUUGUUCCUAUGGACCGUGCAACGUCCGCUACUACUAUCGCUGCUUUACGCCGUGUCUUCGCUUUGUUUGGCCUACCACAUCACAUCGUAUCGGACAACGGCUCACAAUUCACGAGUGAAGAAUUUCAAUCAUUCCUACACAAGAAUGGCAUUCGACACACUUGUUCCGCUCCUGGACAUCCGGCGACCAACGGGUUAGCAGAACGCUAUGUUGGGGUUUUCAAGUCAAAAUUGAAAGCCAUGGGUACGCAGGGUGACCUACACGCUACGCUACAACGCUUCCUCCUGUCACAUCGUACAACCCCUUCAGCAAACAACAAGUCACCAGCUGAGAUGCUUAUGAUGCGUCAACCACGUACCCGUUUUGACACGCUAAAACAGACCGCCAAACCGUCUGUUGACGCUUACGAACGCAACAUGAACAAGACCCCAGAAUUCCAACCAGGCGACGCUGUGUUCACUCUAAAUUUUGGCUCUUAUGGUUCAAAGUGGGUCCCAGGUCGCAUCGUGUCAGUCAUCAGUCCAGUCAACUACCAAGUUCAAGUUCAGGAUGCUUUGUGGAAGCGUCAUCGCAACCAGUUGAGAGCACGUUCAGUUCCUUUGUCUGAGUUUGUGAGGGAGGAUGUGGCUGAAGCUCCCCCUAAAUCGACGCAUCAGGCUCCAUCGUCAUCCGCUGAUACUGGUCCCAGUGUUUCUUCUACCGGUACAGUUUCAAGUUCAAGUCCUACUACCGCUGAGAAACAACCGUCAAGUCAGUCAACAGUCAGCCCUACACCAACAACCACGACAAUACCUACGGAUAGUGAGUCUGAGUCUAGAAUGCCAACACCAUCGACACCUGGUCAGAACACUAGUACGACCCGGUCCGGCCGCCAGGUUGUCAUACCUGAACGGUACCGCACUCAAGCCAAGUAG